AAUCUUAUUCGCAAUCUCUCUGAUGAUAUGCAACUUAAUUUUUAUGUUUAGGUAGGUCGGUUUUUUGUAUAUUUUUUUUCCAACAUACAAGACUUUAGACUACACAGGUACACACCAUCGAAUAAAAAUAAAAUACAUGGCGAAGAUACAACGACUAUGUGUUCUUAUUACUUCCUAGAAGUUACAUUGUGAGUAAACUAUGUCAUUUAUUUAUUUUUACUAAUACUUCAAUUUAAUUUCAUUAACCUUGUCAAUUUUACUUAUUUAGAAAUGUUCUCGAUAAAAAGGGCAACGACAUUGAUGUGAAUGACCGACAAUUUUCAUUUUAUAUCAAGGAAGCACUCAAAGAAAUAUUUGGACAGGUAUAAACUGUUAACUAAUGUAUAAUAUUUAAUUAUUUAAAUGUAUUUUGUUAUUGUUUUUCUAUUGCUUAAUAACUCUAAGUACUGGUUGUCAUUACCUACUAUUUACACCCACAGUAUUUUAAAACUUUUGCUGACCAUCACAUUUACAGUCCACACAUUUUGUAAUCAAAUCUGUAUUAUAUAAACAUUUUGAACAAACAAAUUCAAUAAUUUUGAUUUUAAUAAAAAAUAACAUUUGUUUAGUACUCAUUAGAUUUAUUAAAAAUUAUGUUUACUUUUUUCAAUAUAAAUGCUCACUUCCAUAAUAGUAUUAUUAAAAUCCUAAAUUAAAUGUUCUAAACAUUAAUAAAUACAUUUUGUUUGUGUCUUAUUCCGAUGCAACAGUGUGCAAAUAUUUUUUUUGGAAACAAUAUCUUAUUUUAUAUACAUAAAAAUUAACUUUAGUCCUAAUUAUUAACCAAGCAAUUUUAUAUUCAAAAUAUAGCAAGGUAUAAAUUGGUUCGAUAUUGGUUAUACCAGUGUUUCCCAAAUGGUGCCAGUGCCAAGGGUGCCGUGAGGAUUUUGGGAAAAAAAAAUUUUUAAACAACAUUUUCAAUUUGAUUUUUUUUUAUAGCUAAAUUUUUAUUUUUAUUUUUGUAGCUGAACAUUGAACACACAUAGUCCAUCUAACCUAUAUUCUUCCAUAGAACUUUUUGUUAUUAUCAUUAGAAAAAUAAAUUUAUUAUAAUUAUAAAAAAUAACAAUAUAAUUUUUUCUAUGGGCGCCCUUGGUGGUUACAAACUAUUACCUGCAGGCCAAAUACGACCUAUGGUCAUUUAUUAAUCUACCAAACUUUAAAAAAUAAAAUUACUUCAAAUUUCAAAAAUUAACACACAUUAAAAUAAGACAUGUUUAUUAGGGUGAUCCUUAUUUUGUCAAUUUCAAAAUUCCUUCUAGGACACCCACCCCUUUGUGUCAUAUAGUAAAAAAAAAUAACCUUUAAAGUUUGAGGCCGUUUGGAUAAUAUUUACUGGAAGCACAUUAUGUUUGAAUAUUUAAUAUUACAAAAAAUGCAUUAAAUCAAAAUAAAUAGUGUACAAACGACCAUAGUUUGUUUGGAUUUGAUUUUAUUAAUAAAUAAAACCAAGAACCUAUUUUAAUUACAUUUUUGUUGCCAUAAUAUACAUGAAGAUUUUUUUAAUGGGAGACUUAAGAAAUUAAUAAGCGCUUAAUUAUUUCAGGUUUUUUUUUUUACUUUUUUGAUACAUUUUUAUGAACUUAUUUUAAUAUUUAUAAAAAAAUCUACAUUCUAAAAUAUAUUCCACAAUGUGUUUUGUGAAUAUGUAGAACUCGCUUAAUUUUAAUUUUAGAGUAAAAUUACCUAUUAUAGAUUUAAAAGAAAACAAUAUUCCAGAUAUAACAUUCAAUACAUUUUUAUUUCAGUUCAAAUAAUAGCAUGUGUCUAUAUUAUAUUGAUUAAAUUAAGUACAUUGUUUUAAUUUCUUAAGUUGUAUAAUUCUUGUGCUUAACAAUGGUCUGAUAUUCAAAAUAAUUGUAUAAUUUAUUGUUAUUAGGUAGUAUUUAUUCUUAUAUAUUAGGGUGGACUGAUAAUUAAUGGCUGUAACUUUAAAACUACUAUACAUUAAAAAAAAUACAUAAAAAAACCUGUAUAGUAAAUCCAAAAUUAUUACCUUUAUUUACAUACUGUUACUUUUUAAAAUAACUAUCUUCUAGAGCAAUACAUUUUUUUCAACACUGAAUCAGUUAAGAAAUGCCGUCAAAAUAAAAUACUUCAGUUUGUGCUUUGAACCAUCAUUUAACUUGUCAGAAUUGAAAUAUGUAGAUACCUUCGGGAUACUCUUACAUUAUAGCACGACUGCAGUAAGGUUUUGUGAUAAAGUAGAAAUUUGUUUUAGUAUUCUUACUUUCUUAGUGUCUUUAUAUAUUGUAAAGAAUAUUGACAGGUUUAAUAUUUCCUGCGUCAAAAAAGUUCAAUUGUAGCUCGCUAUUUAAACCAAACAUUUGGAGAAGCCAUCAUUAUAGAUAACGCAAUUAAUAAAGAAAAUAACUUUAAAUUAUUAUGUAUUCCUUCACACUAAAGUAACAACAUAACAUAUAAUUCUCAAUAAAUGAAAAUUUUAUUAUAAAUUUAAAAAUAAUUAUGAUAUAAGAGGCAUUACUUAUUAACCCGUCCUCAUAUAUUAGAAAAUCAAACAAAUCUUUGAAUAGUAUUUGUUUUUUUUUUUUUUUUUUUUUUUUUUUUUUUUUUUUUUUUUUUUAUCUUACUUAAUUACUUGGUGAAAGAAAUAUUUUAAAUAUAUCUAUUUUUUAUUUUCACCAACAGCAGUAGGAGAACUGUUUUUACAUUACACAAUACAUCUAUUGAUUGUACUUAUGUGAUCUAAGUGUUGAAACUAUUCUAAACUCAAAUAUUUAUCUACAAUUUCAUACUUAUAGUUUAUAAACUUGGUAUUUGAUUUAAAUAAUAAUAAAUAAAACAAGCAUAUUAUAUAUCUAUAACAUUUUAUUAUUUUAACUAAAAAUUAUUUUGGGUAUUGAUUUAGAUAUUUUUAAAAAACUUACAUUUUUUUUUUUUUUUUGUUUUUAGGUUGGAUCAAGUAUCAAUUUUAGUGUGCUCAAAUUUGUAGCCGGAAAAGGCAUAAUUCGGUGUCCAUCUACAUUUUAUGUCAAAUUUCGGGGUGCUCUUACUUUAUUUGGACGUCACCACUCUAAUACUGUUGCAUUUGAUGUACAUCGUGUAUCUCCUUGUUUAAUAGCAUUUAUCACAAACGAUUCCACCUACGAACAUGUCUCAAGUUUAUAAAGAUGGUAAAGACACAAUUAUAUUUGCUACAAAAGAAGAUCACCAAUCACCUAGUAAUGUUGUAUUAUCGCCACCAGAACCAUCACCUGGUCUCAUAUUCCCUGACGGUUCUAUCAACUGGAAUUGCCCUUGUCUUGGUGGUAUGGCUACUGGCCCUUGUGGAGUUGAGUUUAGGGAAUCAUUUACUUGUUUCCAUUAUAGUAAAGAAGAACCUAAAGGUAUGGAAUGUAGGGAAAAAUUCACAGCUAUGUGGACUUGUAUGGACCAAUAUCCAGAAGUUUAUAAAGAUGGUAUGAAAGACGAUGAAGAAUUUUUAAAUACAGAAGAACAAGGUGAUAAAAUUGUCGAUAGCAAACAAGCUGAAGUCCAAAAUAAAGAAAAAAAUUCGUAGAAUUUGUUAUUGCAUUGUUUGUUGUAGAAUU